CACAUUCCUGAGUGAAUAAAAUAAGGUGGGGCGUGUGGGGUUUUUUUUUCCUUUUUGUUCGCCUGAGUGUGCGUUUAGGCAAAAUUGCUCAACAGGCGGGGAAGAGACAGGCGUUGGCCCAACCGGGGAGGAGCCAAACCCUCCCUUCACCACUCCGGUCUCCGACCAGCUCACCAGCAACAGCCAACUUUCCUCUCUGCCUAGCCACUUGCCGACCGCGGCUAUGUCAUCCAGGUACACCGUGGGUCCCACCGAAACCGAGCGCUGCAUUGAGUCGCUGCUGGCCGUCUUCCAGCGCUACUCUGGGAAGGAAGGAGACACCAAGACUCUCUCCAAGAAGGAAUUCAAAACAUUCAUGGACACAGAGCUGGCCUCUUUCACCAAGAACCAGAAAGAUCCAGGCGUCGUUGACCGUAUGAUGAAAAAGCUGGACAUCAACUCCGACGGGCAGCUGGACUUUGCCGAGUUCUUGAACCUCAUUGGAGGCCUGGCGGUGGCCGUCCAUGAGAUGGCAUCCGCGCCCGCCGGCGGAGCCCCUAGAAGACCGUAAAGACAUCCGGGCAAUUUCAAACCUUUGUUAUCCAAAGCAUUCCAAAAUCGGGGAUGUGCAACAUCCUUUAUUCUUUGUUGUUGUUUUUUUUCCUUGUUCAAUUUUGAAUAAAAUUGAGAAUUAAAAGCAGA